AACCCUGGUUCAAUAAAUGCUUCAGAUGGUUAGAGGCUUUCUGAAUCGGCCGGUCUUCAUCUGAAAUUUUUCAAUAAAACGUGGAGUUUGAGCAGCCCGCCCUGAGUUGUUGGACUUUGGCUCCAAACCAGACUCCCAGUUAAAGACACAAGAACACGAGGUUGGGUGAGCCACGGCCCUGGAGGGUUGGUGAGCGCGACCGGAGGACGGUUUAGGAACGGUUCGUUUGGACAGGAUGCGGACGAAGGAAAGGAGGAAGGGCUGCUCAGAAUAAGGUCUUCUCUUGAAUCGGCAGCGACGCCCCCGGCGCGUGCACAAAGGCUCCGACGGCGGCCGGCGGGGACUGCCGAGCGCGCGGGAGCCGGCGCCAGAGGUCGCCUCUGCGCGACCUAGCCAAGCCCCAGGCACCAUGCCGCGGCGCCUGCAGCCCCGGGGAGCAGGCACAAAGGGCCCGCCGGCCACAACCUUGGCGGCUUCGGAGGCCGCCUCGCGUCCCCAUCCCUCCGCCUCCGGGGACCCCCCAGCAUCGGCCAAGCCGCUGCUGCGCUGGGACGAGGUGCCCGACGACUUCGUGGAGUGCUUCAUCCUGUCGGGCUACCGGCGGCUGCCUUGUACGGCGCAGGAGUGCCUAGCCUCGGUACUGAAGCCUACCAACGAGACGCUCAACUUCUGGACGCACUUCAUCCCGCUACUGCUGUUCCUGAGCAAGUUCUGCCGCCUGUUUUUCCUGAGCGGCCAGGACGUGCCCUUCCAUCACCCAUGGCUGCUGCCGCUGUGGUGCUACGCGUCGGGCGUGCUGCUGACCUUCGCCAUGAGCUGCACGGCGCACGUGUUCAGCUGCCUGUCGCUGCGCCUGCGCGCUGCCUUCUUCUACCUGGACUACGCGUCCAUCAGCUACUACGGUUUUGGCAGCACGGUGGCCUACUACUACUACCUGCUGCCGGGCCUGAGCUUGUUGGACGCCAGAGUGAUGACACCAUAUGUGCAGCAGCGCCUGGGCUGGCACGUGGACUGCACACGCCUCAUUGCUGCCUACCGCGCGCUCGUGCUGCCCGUGGCCUUCGUGCUGGCUGUGGCCUGCACGGUGGCCUGCUGCAAGAGCCGCACAGACUGGUGCUCUUACCCGUUCGCGCUUCGCACUUUUGUCUUCGUCAUGCCGCUCAGCAUGGCCUGCCCCAUCAUGCUCGAGAGCUGGCUCUUUGACCUGCGCGGUGAGAACCCCACGCUCUUCGUGCACUUCUAUCGUCGCUACUUCUGGCUAGUGGUGGCCGCCUUCUUCAAUGUGAGCAAGAUCCCUGAGCGCAUCCAGCCAGGCCUCUUUGACAUCAUUGGCCACAGCCACCAGCUCUUCCACAUAUUCACUUUUCUCAGCAUCUAUGACCAGGUGUACUAUGUGGAGGAGGGCCUGCGCCAAUUCCUCAAGGCGCCGCCUGCUGCACCCACCUUUUCUGGCACAGUGGGUUACAUGCUGCUGCUGGUGGUCUGUCUGGGGCUGGUCAUCAAGAAGUUCCUAAACAACUCGGAAUUCUGCAGUAAAAAGUGAACCUUCGCCUUGGAGGAGGCCGCUGGUUUGCUCACCUAUUUGUUUGGAGUUUCUGUUGUUGCUACUGUUGGUUUGUUUUCAAGUUUUGUUGUGUUUCCUUCUUUGCUCGAGGAAGGUGCUGCAAAACCACAGGAAAAAAAUCCAAUGCAACAAGGGGGUCUCAGUGCACUUGGGGCUUUUGAAGAGGGAGGUGGUUCCAGCAGGAGGGAGAGGGUACCUGGUUCUUGCCCCUGGAAAAAUUCUGGUGGUGUCUCUGACAUCCAGAGGCAGUGAGGAAGAUCCCAAAUAAAACCCCAAACAGUUCGGUUUUCCGGUCACUUUCUGUGCCAGUGGUAAUGACAAGUAGCCCUUGUGAGGUCAAGUAUGCAGUAAAGAGGGUAAGUAGACAAAAUCGUUGGGUACUUCCAUUUCAGUCUGAGGAAUGCUUGGAUUUGUCAAAAGAAUGGAGCUUUGUAGGAAACGGGCACAAAGACACAAACCCAGGGCUUAACCUACUAGAAAAUGCAUGGAAUGUGAACACAAGUUAAUUAUCUCAAAAUGUUUCUCAGAUGUUAUUUAAAUAGUAAUAUAUACAAUGAUUUUUCAUGAUUUAUCAAAGCCUGUGAUAUGCACUGAAUUGUCUUUGUUACAUAGUUUUGAAUUUUGCAGCCCUUCUGCAUUGCAUACACUUGAACUGGACAUCAGGGCAAGCUGCUUGAGAAUUCUCAACUACUUUUUUAAACAGUGUUUUCUGAAGGUGUAUGUGUGUCAUGAUACAACUGUGAAUUAUUAUACCUUAGGGACUCUGGUUAAACUAUUGUUGAGGAGCUCAGUGGUUUGUAUACAUCCCAGAUUCCAAUUUACUUUAAUGUAUUCCACAAAACCUUUCUUAUUUUUUGUUUUGUUUUUGAUUUUAUUGUUUCCUUCUCUAAUUAUUUAAAUUGCCACUAGAAUAAUGUGCCUUUUGAAGGAAUGCCCAAAGGACGGGUCCUCAAACAUAGUUUCAUGCAUGGGGAGAGCAGUAAGAAUAAGCGUUUCUUACUUUACUGCAAAUCAGGGUCUAACAUUCCACCCAGAAGAGAAGGAAGAUGGUGUUGAUUUUAAGUUUUUGGUAGGACUGGAAGUAGCUUACCGGGACCUGCAGAGCAUUUGACUUCUCUAAGAGAAGGAGUCAACCCGCUAAAGUGGCUGUGGUUCUUAAUGCAGCCAUUGGGGAAGGUGAGAGGAAACUGUUCUACACCGAUGCCAUUUAUCCUUGCUUAAAAUUCAAAACAUAAUAUGCAGGAAUAACUGAGGCAGUUAAAUUAUGGAAGUCGGGAGCAUAUUACUUGAGUUGUAAUUGAAAAUGUUGAGUUAAAUAACAUUAACUUUGCAUAGUUAAAACCCUGAAGUCUCAUUUGGAUCCCCACUAUGGAAAUGAAUGGCAGUGGCCCUAAGUCGUUGAAAAAUUAGUGAAUGUGCUCCUGCGAUCCUUCCUAACAACAACAUCGGCCGAUGUUAUUUAAGACAUUUCUCAUAAACAAUAACCUGUACUUGAGAUAACAACUCUAGGUUAACACAAAACCACUGAGGUGGCUUAUUGAAAUACUUAUCACACUUCCUGAUAAAUUCUUUUGGUUAAGAGCCAAAUAAGUCAUUGAAUGGGGAGUCUUGACUUCAUAGUAUAAUUUAGAUCAAGCACAUAAGGUAGAUGAACACUUACCUCAGCACUGGUAGGCUGGAUCUCCUUAAAAGAUCUGUUUUUGUUUAUGCUUUUAAUCUCUACUGUAUUUGUAAACAGAGAGGCUUGGCACAAUUCCCUGGAAUAACCAGUAUUCUUGUGUGUUAAUCUGCACACAGAAGUUAACUUUACAUAUGUCUAUAUUUAAUUUAGAACCUCUUAAUGGGAUUGUAAAUACACUUUGCACAUUUGCUGAUGGGUGUCUGUCCAAUCUUACGCAAAGUGCAAGGAGGUUCCCCUUAGGUGAUAGAGGCUGAGAAUUUGUGCCUAGCACAGAUGUUUUUCCUCAGCUAUAACUUAACUCAGUGCAUGUAUUCAAGGACAGUUGUGGAAAUCAGGAUAUUUCCACAUGCAAACUUAUUUGCAUGUCAUUGCUGUCUCUUCUAGAGCUCCAAAGAAUGUUAGUGUGGAAGCUAGAGAAACAGGUCGAAGACUGUUUGGUAGCUUCCUUGUAAAAUGGGACCUCCCCUUUCAGAUGGAACUUUCAAGGGACAGAUUCUAAAAAGGGUCCAUGAGUUUGAGAACAAGAAAUAAACCCCAUAUUUGUCAUUUUAAACUUUUGUAGGAGAUGUUCUGGGUCUACAAAUAGAAUUAUCUUCUUGCCCUGUGUCUUUGUCCUUAAACAGAGGCCACUUAAGGAUAAAUUUAUACCCAUAUCAUUUUCAAGUGAUUAUGAUGCAUGAGCCCAGUAAGGUGACACAGUUUUCCCCUGAAAGUUUUCAGCACCCCGUAUGUCCCAGAGUGAAUGAGGACUCACUUUCCUUCCCUUUGCCUUUUCCUUCCUCCACUUUGCUUUCCCUCAUUCCAUCUCAGUUUUUAUGUACCACAUAUAACAUUGAUAAAAGGACAUUCUGGUGGAAAACAAUGGUUUGACUUCACUUCAUAUUUGCAAAUAGAUACCAUAUAUGCUAUAAAGGACCAGGGAUGAUUUGUGAAACUAUGUAUGUUAUUUGCUAAAUUAUAUCAGAUUUCUGUCCAGAUGAAUGAUGAUAUUUUAGAAGCAGCAAAUAUUUACUGAGUUUCCAUUUGCAUGGAACUAGCCAGGUAUAUUAUUACAUAUUUCAGGGGUAACACAGCAGUCAGAAUAAAAUAUCUUUAAAAAAUAUCUUUGACAUUCUCCAUUUUGCCAUACCCAUUAGAAUUCAGUUUUGCUUUAUUGUGUUCAGCUGUUUGAAAUGUAGAACAAAUGAUAAAUAAGAAUGUACUCCAUUAUCUCUGCAAAACCUAUUUUGCCAGUGGAAUUUUGAAGCAGAUUAUGUAAUACAUUUUAUUUUUACUUGUUAGUCAUGAUCUCGAUGACAUCUCAAGGAGCAGCGUCAUAAAGUCAUGCCUGGGAAAUAAGGGGGUCUGACUUCAGAGCCUGUCACCUUGGGGGCUGGUCUCAGGCUGACUCAGCUGAGUGGGUUGGCUAAAGGGGGUUCCUUUCUUCCAUGUCCUUGCAGCUACACCCUCAGGUGAAAGGGAUGACCUUCCCAGAGAGAAGUGAGUUUUUUGGUCAUGUCAUGACUGGCUUGUAAAAAUAAACGUGAUCUUUUCCACUGGCCAUACACUUUCUAUAAAUAGCCCGGGAAGAAAGUAUGGGGCUUCAGAGCUGGCCAGAGUGGCCUUCACAUGUUUCCAUUCAUAAAUCCUACCCUUAAGUGCUUGCAGUUAAAAACCAUUUAGCCUAAUUCAUCAUGCCACUUCAGGGGAAUCAUUUCUAAGAAUGCAGAAUUGGGGGGAUGGAGGUGAUUUUUAUUUUUUCUGAUUUGGUGCUGAAUCUGAGGGCUCCCAGCAAUAAAGAACAGGGAUUGUUACCUUCAAAUCUCUUCUCAGUUUUAUUUGGUUAAUCUGCUCAAAGCUAUAGUAGGAGACAGGUACAGUAGGAAUUAUCUCCAUUUCGAGGUUCUACCAAGGCACAGAAUGAAGUUUUCAAACUGGCAUUAGAAUGUGGGGAUGGCUGUGUGCUCAGCUGAGUGUUUCUUGCUAGUUUGCAUGGCUAUGAUGCCUGGCCAAGCACACAGACACUAAUUGGAGAUGUAUGUGGAUACAGGUAUAUAAUUUAUAAUUGUAAAACAGUGAAGUGAGAUGUGGUUAUCCUUGAAUUUAGAUUAUAAAAAUCUUAAACAGAAUGUUACCAGGUAAAUAGUUUUUAUCAUCUUGGAUUGUUCUUCAUCUAUUAACAUCUACCAUGCUGACUUUACCCUGUCAGUAUCUUUUGAGUUGAUUUCCACAUUUGUUCAUGUAAUCCUUUUAAUAAUCAUUGAGCACCUACUGCAUAGAAGACAUUGGUGAAGGAUCCAUCCAUAUUAUUACAGUUUGGUUCUUUUCUCCUUUCGGUUAGCGUAAGAGCAAUGCAUAGAAUCUUAUUUCAAUUAACAUGCUAACUUGCCCAGAAUCAAUUUCUUUCCUUUCUCUCUCUCUUUUUUUUUUCUGUCUGCUCCUAGGCCUAUGUGAAUUUUAUUAUUAAAAAUAAUUUAAAAAUUUAAUUACAUUGAGGGUGAAGGGAUAGCAGGCAUAUGUACAUAGAAAGGGUUGGAAAUUUUAUCA